CGAGAAGAGUGCAAGUGGAAGACGAGCGAGCGGAGGGAGGAAGAGGUCGUCGACAAGUCCAAAAUACUCCACCUCCUCCAUGUAAGCUGUAUCGAUCCACUACAACACCGUCCUCUCUCCCUCCUCGCUCCUCUCUGGCUCUCCCUCUCUCUCUCCUCGGAGAUCUCUCGAUCACACACACUACGCCAUACAGACGCAGCUUUUGCUGUUGCUCGCUCUUCUACCUGCCCCUCCUUCCAUCGCAAUGCCAUCUCCCCGGCAAUUCUCGCGGCUGCUGUUACCCAUCUUGCUCGCCACCACUUGCUGCGUCGAUGGAGGCAACGGCGCCGACGCUCCCGCGACCGCGAGGAGGCAGCUCCACCAGCCCUUCUUCGUCCCGAACCAGCCCGGGCAGCCGACCGCGCCGCCGCCGUUCUUCCCCACGAUGCCGGCGGCGGUGACGACGCCCCCGCCCCCGCCCCCGCCCCCGGCGCCGGCGGGGCAGGACCAGCCGACGUACCCUGCUCUCGUGCUCCCCAACACCGGCGGCGCCACGCCUCCGGCCGGCAGCUCGCACGGGUCCAGCAAGUCCUCCAAGCUCGUCCCGGCCAUACUGCUGCCGCUCCUCACGGUGGCCGUGCUCGGGCUGUCCGUCGCCUUCUUCUUCUCGCACCGCCGGAGCAAUGCGGCGCGCGGGGGAGGAGGCGGGUGUGUCGGCGGCGGCGGCGGGGACGCCAAGUUCCUGCACCCGGAGAGGACGAGCCUCUUCGCGCGCGACGAGUUCGGCGGCGGGCCCGCCAUGGCGCCGGCUACCUCCGCCGAGUUCCUCUACGUGGGGACACUGGCGAGCAGGGCGGACGAGAGGAGCAGCGACACGACGUCGUCCGGCGACGAGGAGUCCCGGAGCUCGGGCGGGUCGCCCGAGCUCCGCCCGCUCCCGCCGCUGGCGCGCCAGCGCGCGCCGGCGCCGUCGAGGAGCCCCGGCGGGGCCUCCCCGUCGUCCGGAGAAGAAGAGUUCUACUCGCCGCGAGGAUCAUCGACAAAGGAGACCUCCAGCUCGCGCAGGACGCUAGCGACGGCAGUGCAGGCGGCCCUUGAAGCGCGGGACCGCUCCAGGACUCCGUCCCCUGGGUCGGCCCUCAGCACGCCGUCGUACCCAUCUUCGCCGGGGGCGACGCUGUCCCCCGCGCCCGCCUCGCCGCCCGCCUUCUCCAGCCCGGGCGAGUCCGCCCGCCGCUCCGUCAAGUCAAGGUCGGAAAGCGCGCGCGUCGUCGUGCUCCCGCCGGUUCCUCCGCCCCCGCCCCCGCCGCCUCCCUUCGCACCGACACUGCCACCACCGCCACCUCCUCGUCGGAAACCGCCGUCCCCAUCGCCACCAUGCUCUCCACUAAACGACAAACCAGCUCCCAGAUCCAGCACCGACACCAUCGAAACAAACCCAUUCCUCGCCCAGCCACCAUCCCUACCGACGAGCACACACACGCCACGGCCACCUCCGGCUCCGGCUGUAGGGCCACCGCCGCCACCUCCUCCUCCUCCGCCACCACCACCGCCGCCGCCGGUGGGCUACUGGGAGAGCCGUGUCCGGAAGCCCGACACGUCCAAAGAAACCCGUUCGCCGGCACUGUCGCCGCCACCACAAGCUGCCAACUUCAGGAGCGUCCCUGCACCCACCGAUGCGUUCUCAAGCCGUCCGCCCGAGAGCUCCGACCAAGGCGACAAGUCGGAGGACACGACGCCACGGCCGAAGCUGAAGCCGCUGCACUGGGACAAGGUCCGGGCCAGCUCCGACCGCGUCAUGGUGUGGGAUCAGCUCAAGUCCAGCUCAUUCCAGGUGAACGAGGAGAUGAUCGAGACGCUGUUCAUUUGCAACCCAGCCAAUGCGCCGGCCAAGGAGGCCACGAGGAGGCCGGUGCUGCCGACGCCCAGGGCCGAGAACAAGGUGCUAGAUCCGAAGAAGGCGCAGAACAUUGCCAUCUUGCUGCGCGCGCUGAAUGUGACCAAGGAAGAGGUCUGCGACGCGCUCUGUGAAGGUAACACGGAGAACUUUGGAGCAGAACUACUGGAGACCUUGCUGAAGAUGGCUCCUACCAAGGAAGAGGAGAUCAAACUGAGAGAAUUCGAAGAGGAGACUUCUCCAGUCAAGCUUAACCCAGCUGAGAAGUUCCUCAAGGCAGUGCUUGAUGUGCCUUUUGCCUUCAAAAGAGUUGAUGCGAUGCUAUACAUCGCGAACUUCGAUUCAGAGGUCAAUUACUUGAAGAAGUCGUUCGAGACCCUCGAGGCUGCUUGCGACGAGCUUAGAAGCAGCAGACUAUUUCUUAAGCUACUUGAAGCAGUUCUCAAGACCGGCAACAGGAUGAACGUUGGCACAAACCGCGGGGACGCGCACGCGUUCAAGCUCGACACUCUGCUCAAACUGGUUGACGUCAAAGGCACCGACGGACACACGACCCUUCUGCACUUCGUCGUGCAGGAGAUCAUCCGGACGGAGGGCUCCCGUCAGUCCGCCAGCGCCCAAACAACCCCAAGAACCCAGGCGAACCCUCUGCGAGAAGAGCUCGAGUGCAAGAAGCUAGGCCUCCAGGCAGUGGCCGGCCUCGCCAACGAGCUGAGCAGCGUGAAGAAGGCAGCCGGCAUGGACUCGGACGUGCUGAGCAGCUACGUCACCAAACUCGCCGGAGGAAUAGAGAAGGUCACCGAGGUGGUGCUGCGGCUGAAGAACGAAGGGACGGAGUCAAGGGACGGCGCGUGGCGGUUCCACGACAGGAUGCAGAGGUUCCUGAAGAAGGCGGACGACGAGAUAAUCAGGAUCCAGUGCCAGGAGAGCGUGGCGCUGUCGCUCGUGAAGGAGAUCACCGAGUACUUCCACGGCGACUCCGCCAAGGAGGAGGCCCACCCGUUCAGGAUCUUCAUGGUCGUCAGGGACUUCCUCGCGGUCCUCGACCAGGUCUGCAGGGAAGUGGGCAGGGUCAACGAGCGUACCAUCGCCAGCUCCGUGCGCCACUUCCCCGUGCCGGUUAACCCAACGACGCCGCAGCUGUUCCCGCGGCUUCAUGCUUUGAGAGCUGGGUUCUCCGACGACGACGACGAGAGUUCAGCCGCUUCAGUGUCGUCGCCGUGAUCGCUGGUAGUCUGCCAAUUUUUUUUUUUAAUUUUUCCCGCGGACCGUCAGUAGAACACCGCCACGCCCAGGGGGCGCGGGGGCAGAGGGAUUCAGAUGGUAGCGGGCUGCUGCCCCUUUUUUUUUCCACACACUUUUGUACCUGUAGAUUAUAGAAUGUACAAUGUUUUUGCAAAUAUUUUAUCUCUGUAUGUAAGAAGGGAUAAGGUCUAGAUCAGAAGAGGGAAUAAUCAGUUAAUCUAUGUAGGCAGCUUUUAUGUCUUGAGUAGUUCAGUCUGUACAUGACAUGAAGCAGUUAACCACUUGUAGAUUUAUCCA